GGGGUUCGGGACUCUUGUUCGUGGGACGUUUCAAAGACUCCACUUUCUCAAGACUCUGCUCUUCAAGAAAGGAGCAAGGAGAAGAGGAAAGAAUGGCUGUCUCCUCGCUGCGGUCCAGGGCUCAGCUCUGGAUUUCCUUUGGGGCUAUGUCUUGGGUUGAGUCAUCAGAGGUCCCCGGUGAUGCACAGAGCAUCAUCAGAAGAUGAGGAGGAGCAGGAGAGAGGACUCCAGGGAAGGACCCCCGGCUCUCAGUGUGACAUAUUGGGAGACAGAGCAGUGUCGUGCGGUGACUGGCCCCGGCCAUGGCCAUGCGAUGGACGACUGCCUGUGGUGUGAAGGUGACGGUCAGAGAACAUGCCGAUGAAUGUUCAAGUCCUGUCUGCAGUGGAGAUGUGGACAUCAAGAGAGACGAUGGAAAUGGGAGCCAGAGGUGCACGUCCUAAGGGGAGGGGAGGUGGUCGAUGAUAGCAGUGGAUGGUGGAGUAGUAGAGGUCGGCGGUACUUGGGCUAGCAGUGGCACCUAGUGACUGGAACACUUUUCCAAUGGAAAGAAGUGGUGAAUCAUUGACCUGGAGAUGGCCAUGGAGGACAGGGGGCAGACGGACCCCUUCUUCUCCACUGAGGUAGGAGAAGUAACAGAGAAGUCAAGGAGAAAGAGGGCUGGCCGGUAAGAGAGCAUUAGAGAGAACAGUUUUGUUUGGAAGCCAGAUGGUGCGCACAAGAGAAGAAAGGGAGAGGAAGGAAGUGAAGGCAUCUAGUUCGAUGGCCUUUCCAAAGCGUUUAGCUCUAACGGUCAGAAAAGGCCUAGGGCAUUGCUUGCACGUGGAGCCGCUCCUCAGCAUCCCUCCUGCUCCUCCUUUCUUACUGAACUUUCCCAGGGCAUUCAUAUGCCACUUCACUCAGCCAGUCCCCAGGUGACUCAUCCAUAUUGUUUCCAGUUUGUUGAACCGUAGAAAUGGCUGUUAAGAAUAUAAAACACCAAAGUCUACUUUUCCCCACUUCCAUGCGUGCCCACUAACAUCCCGCCCCAUUCUUUAAGGCCCGUCACAAGGGCUUUCUCUAAGAACUCUUCCCUGAAAUCGCAUUCCUUCAAAACUCAUUCAGGAAUGCUUUUCCCCUGGAACUUGCACAGUUUUUGUUUUGUCCUUGGGCCCUUCCUCGUGUGCAUGCACACAUACCGCACCAGUGUACGAUACCCCGUCAUAGUGAUGGUCUUCACAAGAGCUUGCUUUUGUGGCUCCCCAAACGUAGCCCAUCGCACUGUGCCAAGGAGGCAGGGCGUGCUUUGAACUCGGGAUAACGGGGUGGUUUGGCCCAGAAAUUGGGGUCACCUGAGUGGCAGGAGCUGGAGGGGACACUCGCCUUAAUUUGCCGUUUGUUCCCCGAGUGAUUCUCUCCCCCAUCUGGCGGCCAUUCAUGGAGGAGGAUUGCUGUCCUGUGCCUUUGGGGGAAUGAUAGCUGGUGAGGUCAUUGGCAUGAGCGUUGUGUGCGGAUUCCAUCAUCGUGUGGUUGGUGAGAUUCACCAGAAGGUCGCGAUUCCCGGGGGGCUCCCUUUGGAUGGUGGUUGUAGGGUGACCUUAAGCAGGCACGUCAGACCCUCCACAAGCGAGUGCCCAGGAAACACAUGGCGGAGCCUCUUCAAAAGCCUCCGUGCCUCGAGACCCCUGCCCAGCCUGUCGCCUCCCUCUCCCUUCCACGGCCCACGCGGGAAUCUUCCCCUGGUGUGGAGGAAUGGAUUUACCGUUUCAGGAACCGGUGACUCUCCAAGACGUGUCUGUGGACUUCACGAGGGAGGAGUGGACGCGCCUGGACUCGGCUCAGAGGAACCUGUACCGGGACGUGAUGCUGGAGAACUAUCAGAACCUCGUGGAUUUGGGUCUUCUGGUUUUCCAAUCAGAUGUGAUCUCCCACUUGGAGAAUGGUGAAGUACCAUUGAUGCCAGGGGGAGAACUCCCAGGAGGCACUUACCCAGAUUCUGUUAAUCAGAAGAUUAGGGAUGAAUCCAGGGAGGCCCUUCCAAAGGAGGGUAGUUCUUUGGAAGAGGUAUCCAAGGAAAGAUUCACAAAAGCUAACCUUUGGAAUUGCAAUUUGGGAAAAGGCUGGGAAUGUGAUGGCAGUUUCCAGAAGCAAAAAUACAAGCAGGAGAGAAAAUCCAGGCCAUUGACAGUCCCUGGGCAAAAUUUCAGCCUGGGGUCAGUUCUUGUUUUAUCACAGAGAACUGCUACAGAAAACGAUCUCUUUAAAUCUGUUGCCCAUGUAAAGAGCUCCAAGCAGUAUUCAAGGUUUCUUAAAUUUCAUAAAAACUCUUCAGGUAUGAAACAUUGGAAGUUCAGCAAAUCCAGGAAGUCCUUUGUCUUCCAUUCUGACCUUAUUCAGUAUCAUAAAAAAUUUACUGGAGAAAAACCUUUCGAAUGGACUGAAUGUGGAAAAAUCUUGAACAAAAAGCUAUCCAUCAGAGGACAUCAGAAAACUUAUAGUGUGGCAAAACCUUUUAUACACAAGGAAUUAAGAAAAGAGUGCAUACAGAGGGGAGAAUCUAUUGUUCUUAAGAGAAUUCACAAAGGAGAGGCAUCCUUUGAAUGCAACACAUGUGGGAAAUGCUUCAGCAAAGGCUCAUCACUGAAGAGACAUCAGAGAAUUCAUACAGGAGAGAAACCCUUUGCAUGUGAUGAAUGUGGAAAAACUUUCAGGCAGAACUCAUCCCUGAACAGACAUCAGAAAAUUCAUGCUAGGGGGAAAUCCUUUGCAUGCAAUGAGUGUGGGAAAACCUUCAUAGAGAAAGGAAAACUUACUGAAUAUCAGGCAAUUCAUGCAGGAGAAAAACUCUUUAAAUGUAAUGGUUGUGGAAAGGCCUUCAGUGCAUCCCUUACAGAGCAAUGGAAAUUUUAUAUUGAAGAAAAACAAUUCAAAUGUAAUGAAUGUGGAAAAUUCUUUAGCAAUAGCUCAUCACUUAAAGGACAUGAGAAAAUUCAUACUGGAGAGAAACCCUUUGUUUGUAAUGAGUGUGGGAAAGCCUUUGUUGAAAGAGGAAGGCUAACAGAACAUAAGAGAAUUCACACUGGAGAGAAACCUUUUAUUUGUAAUGAAUGUGGGAAAGCCUUCAGCAAAAGCUCAUCACUUAGGGGGCAUCAGAGAAUUCAUACUGGAGAGAAACCCUUUACGUGUCUUGAGUGUGGAAAAGCCUUCAUAGAAAAAGGAAACCUUAGUGUGCAUAAAAGAAUACAUACUGGAGAGAAACCUUUUGAGUGUAAUGAAUGUGGGAAGACCUUCUGCAAAAGCUCAUCACUUAGGAAACAUCACAGAACUCAUACUGGAGAGAAACCCUUUGUGUGCAAUGAAUGUGGGAAAGCCUUCAUUGAAAGAGGAAGACUUACUGAACAUAAGAGAAUCCACACUGGAGAGAAACCGUUUGAAUGUAGUGAAUGUGGGAAAGCCUUCAACCAAAGCUCAUCCCUUCGGAAGCAUCAAAGACUUCAUACUGGAGAAAAACCCUUUAAAUGUCUUGAGUGUGGAAAAGCCUUCAUACAAAAGGGAAACCUUAGUGUGCAUAAGAGAAUUCAUACUGGAGAGAAACCCUUUGAAUGUAAUGAAUGUGGGAAAACCUUUCGAACCAGCUCAUCUCUAAGGAAGCAUGAAAGAAUUCAUACUGGAGAGAAAAUAUAAAACAGUAAUGAAUGGGGAUAGCCUUUAACUAUACCAUAAGCCUUACAAAUCAUUGGAAACUCAGUACAGUAGAAGAGCCCAUUGAAUUAAUGAAUAUAGAAGGGCCUGAAUUGCUAGCUUAUCUUUUAGUUCUUAAGAAUAUGGCUUCCACCUCUCCUUCUAGGCUUUUUUUACAUUACUCUCAUAAGCUCUACCUUCCAAACUGACCUAUACACCCCUAGCUUACUUUGUCCCAGGCUUUCACCAAUGCUUAAAACACAUUCCCUCCUCUACCUGGUGUUCUUCAAGCCUCAAUGUAUGUCCUGUGGAAAGCUUUUUCUGUUCCCCAUAGUUGGAGAACUUGCUUUAAACUUUCUUGAUAGAUAGAUG